AUGCGUUUCUCCCUCGCCGCCGCUGUCGCCGCUCUGGCUGCUGGUGUUGUCGCCAGCGACGCUGUCACUGAGACCGUCACCCGGUUCACCACCUUCUGCCCGGAGGCUACCACCAUCGUGCAAGGUGGCUCGACCUACAGCAUCUCUACUCCCGGCCACAUCACCAUGACCGGCUCCUUCACCGUCACCCGUCCCCUGAUCACCCAGACCGUGACCCAGUGCAACAAGUGCUCUUCUUCCACCCCCGUUCCCACCACCCCCGUCGUGUCCCCCAGUGCCCCGGCUUCGACCCCUCUGGUCCCCUCCGGCGCCGGUGCCACCGGCUCCGCUACCUCCAGCACCCCCGCCGCCUCCCAGCCCGCCUUCAACGCCGGUGCCAUCAACGCCGCCACCGGCGCUGGUGCCGGUCUGGCCGCCGUCUUCGGUGCCGUCGCUCUCCUGCUCUAA